CUGGACCCCAGGGAGAGCUGACCACUGCCUCAGCAGCCGGCUGACUCCACAACCACAAUGCCUCUCUCAGGAACCCCAGCCCCCAACAAGAAGAGGAAAUCCAGCAAGCUGAUCAUGGAACUCACUGGAGAGAGCACAGGCCUAAACCUCGGCAAGAAGAUCAGUGUCCCAAGAGAUGUGAUGCUGGAAGAGCUAUCAUUGCUCACUAAUCGGGGUUCCAAGAUGUUCAAACUGAGGCAGAUGCGGGUGGAGAAAUUUAUCUAUGAAAACCAUCCUGAUGUGUUCACUGAUAGCUCAAUGGAUCACUUCCAGAAGUUCCUUCCCACAGUGGGGGGACAGCUGGGCACAGCUGGUCAGGGAUUCUCCUACAGCAAGGGCAGUAGUGGAGUCCAAGCAGGGGAAAGUGGUUCUGCUGGACAGUAUGGCUCUGACCAGCAAUAUCAUCAGGGCUCUGGGUCUGGAUCUGGGGGUACAGGUGGUCCUGGGGGCCAGGCUGGAAGAGGAGGAGCUGCUGGCACAGCAGGGGUUGGUGAGACAGGAACAGGAGACCAGGCAGGUGGUGAAGGAAAACAUAUCACUGUAUUCAAGACAUAUAUUUCCCCAUGGGAGCGAGCCAUGGGGGUUGACCCUCAACAAAAAGUGGAACUUGGCAUUGACCUGCUGGCCUAUGGAGCCAAGGCUGAACUCCCUCAAUAUAAGUCCUUCAACAGGACGGCAAUGCCCUAUGGUGGAUAUGAGAAGGCCUCCAAACGCAUGACGUUCCAGAUGCCCAAGUUUGAUCUGGGGCCCCUGCUGAGUGAACCCCUGGGUCUCUACAAACAGAACCUCUCCAACAGGCCUUCUUUCAAUCGAACCCCUAUUCCCUGGCUGAGUUCUGGGGAGCCUGUAGACUAUACUGUGGAUAUUGGCAUCCCCUUGGAUGGAGAAACAGAGGAGCUGUAAGGUGUUUCCUCCUGUUCUGCAUCAAGUUUCCCUUCUCUGGUUCCAAUUUGGAGAGGAAUGCUGAGCAGGAUAUCCUUUCAGUAAAUCCAGUAUCCUUGUGGGGAUGCAGAGAAAAAGAAGGGAGAGCUCUACCUUUUCAAUCUUUAUUCCAAGUCCCCACUUCAAGCAUCCUUCCUCACCAACUCAAGAGCUCUCUUUCUACUUGCUUUGUAUGGGACCUGCUCUUUUAUGGAAUUAACUCUGCCACUGGUAACAGUCAAUAAACUUUAA